AUGAAAGAAACUUCUCUGGGCUGUCUGCUCACUCGUCUGACUGUGAGUCCCAGCAGCUCUCAGUUUUUUAUCAGAGACUUUGUGUCUCUGAGCUGUGAGGAGGACGACAGCUCUGCUGGAUGGACUCUGAGGAGAAACACAAGCAAACAACAGAGGACUCAGUGUGGAGAUGGGUGGGGAGAAGCAGCUGGUUCUUCCUGCAACAUCAGCUACAUUUACACAUCAGACAGUGGAGUUUACUGGUGUGAGUCCAGAGAGGGUCCCAUCAGUAACAUGGUUAACCUGACAGUCACUGGUGGAUCAGUGAUCUUGCAGAGUCCUGUCCUCCCUGUGAUGGAGGGAGAUGACGUCACUCUGCUCUGUAAAACAAAGACCACUCCCUCCAACCUCCCAGCUGCUUUCUAUAAAGAUGGCUCCCUCAUCAGGAAGCAGCCUACAGGUCACAUGACCAUCCAGCAUGUUUCCAGGUCUGAUGAAGGCCUCUACAAGUGUGACAUCAGCGGUCAUGGAGAGUCUCCAUCCAGCUGGAUCACUGUCACAGACAAACACACCACCACACCUCCACCUACAUCCACACCUCUACCACCUCCAUCUUCAUCUAUUUUUCCUCCAUCACUGUCCUCCACUGCUCUCUCUGUGUUGUCAUUUCUUAAAUCAAUCUGUGGGUUCUUACUGGUGUUACUGGUUCUUUUGGGGGGACGAUGUGUUCACAGGAAAACUGAAGCUGAUGGGGGAGACGUUAGAAGUGACCUGACUCACAGUCACAGAAAAUCUCAAGUCAUCAACAACAGCCAAUCAGAAGAAGCAGAGACAGGAGAGAAGAAGAGACCAACAGAGAGCAGAGAGCCUGAGAAAGUAAAGGAUGUGAUACAGGAGAGAGAAGAGCCGUGUUAUGCUCAGGCCACUUUCGGCCGACAGAACAGAGUUGUAUGUUCUGAGUUUGUAGGUGACCGUUAA